AUGGGUCCGGAUGUCUGUUCUUCCUGUCUGUCACCCAGUCGGUUGGAACGUCAAUUGGCUGCUCGUCUGGUUGGUGGUUUAGUUCGUCUUAUAGCGGAGGCCCCUGUUCCUCCAGAAAAGGUAGUUAACCACAGAGGUGUUCGCAAAGCACUAAAAUGGCCUUCUGAUUUUCCAGAAGACAUCGAAAUGCCGGAUGACUCGCCCUCAUCUUUUUGA